UCUCUCUCUCUCUCUCUCUCUCUCUCUCUCUCCUCUCUCCUCUCUCUCUCUCUCUCCUCCCUCCCCCUGGCCCCAGUUUGUAAUCUGACACAGUGUACUGCAGAGGCUCUGUCUCUGUCUCUCUCCCUCUCUGGGAGCCCGGGAGGCUGGGCACCGAGAACAUCCAAGAAAUGACCCGGCAUACCUGAAGACCACAGGCGCUAAAGACCAUUUGACAGACCCAACACUGGGAAGACUCCCACCGUGUCUAGAGACAGGGAACCCAGCUGGAGUGCUUGGUGAAAGAUGAACUGAAGACUGAUGUGUAGAGGGAGCAUCAUCUGAGGCCCCCUGGAAAGGCCUUCCCUCGAGGGCCCAGCAGCAUGACCAGGUGAAGGCUGAACAUGCCUGGCUCUCCGUGGUGACCUGAGAGGAGAGCUUGAUUCACUGUGAAGGAGAAACGCCAGCUCCAAGCCAAACUGGAGAACUUGGAACAGGUCCUGAAGCAUAUGCGAGAGGCUGCUGAACGGCGGCAGCAGCUGGAGUUGGAGCAUGAGCAAGCCCUGGCUAUCCUCAAUGCCAAGCAGCAGGAGAUCCAGCUUCUGCAGCAGGCUCAGGUUGAAGCUAAGAAGGAGCAUGAAGGUGCAGUGCAUCUGUUAGAGUCCAAGGUCCGAGAGCUGGAAGAGAAAUGUCGCGUGCAGAGUGAGCAGUUUAACCUUUUGUCUCGGGACCUGGAGAAGUUCCGGCAGCACACUGGGAGCAUUGACUUGCUGGGCAGCAGCUCAGUGGCCUUGUUGGAUGUCCCCUUGGCCCCUGGCAAGCCUUUCCCGCAGUACAUGAAUGGACUAGCCGCCUCGAUACGCAAAGGUCACGAGGGCCCCACCGGACACUACUCUGUGAUUGGUGACUAUAUCCCGUUGUCUGGGGACAAGCUGGAGCCUCCGUGUGUGAAGCCCUCCUUCCUGUUACGAUCCAGCAGCCCAAGAUGCAGAUUUGAGUCCGAGAUGGACAAUGACCGGAACUCUAACAACUCCAAGCAAAGCAGCUCGGGGAAAGUGCACCUGUGUGUCGCCCGAUACAGUUACAACCCCUUUGAUGGGCCCAAUGAGAACCCGGAAGCUGAGCUGCCUCUCACGGCGGGAAAGUACCUCUACGUCUAUGGGGACAUGGAUGAGGAUGGGUUCUAUGAAGGGGAGCUGCUGGAUGGGCAGAGGGGCUUAGUGCCCUCCAACUUUGUGGAUUUUAUCCAGGACAAUGAGUCCCGCUUGGCUGGUACUCUGGGGAGUGAGCAGGACCAGAACUUUCUCAACCAUUCUGGCAUCAGCCUGGAUCGUGACAGCAUCCUUCACCUUCCCUCCCCAACUCAUGUGGACUCAGGCAUCACUGACAAUGGUGAGGGGACUCUGGACAUGAACAUCGACGACAUCGGAGAAGACAUUGUGCCUUACCCUAGGAAAAUCACCCUUAUCAAACAGCUUGCCAAAAGUGUCAUCGUGGGCUGGGAGCCCCCCGCUGUGCCGCCUGGCUGGGGCACCGUGAGCAGUUACAACGUGCUGGUCGACAAGGAGACACGCAUGAGCCUCCCCCUGGGGAGGAGAACCAAGGCGCUAAUCGAGAAACUUAACACAUCCGCCUGCACCUACCGCAUCUCCGUGCAGUGCGUCACGAGCCGGGGCAACUCGGAUGAACUGCAGUGCACGCUGCUGGUGGGCAAGGAUGUAGUAGUGGCCCCAUCCCAGCUGCGUGUGGACAACAUCACACAGAUCUCGGCCCAGCUCUCCUGGCUGCCCACCAACAGUAACUACAGCCAUGUCAUCUUCCUCAAUGAGGAGGAACUGGACAUCGUGAAGGCAGCCAGGUACAAGUACCAGUUCUUCAACCUCAGGCCUAAUAUGGCUUACAAGGUGAAGGUCUUGGCCCAGCCCCACCAGAUGCCCUGGCAGCUACCGCUGGAGCAGAGGGAGAAGAAGGAGGCCUGUGUGGAGUUCUCCACGCUGCCUGCAGGCCCCCCGGCCCCACCACAAGAUGUCAUCGUCCAAGCUGGGGCCACAGCCGCCACGGUUCAGGUCUCCUGGAGGCCCCCUGCGCUGACUCCCACUGGGCUGUCCAACGGAGCCAACGUCACGGGAUACGGCGUGUAUGCCAAAGGGCAGAGGGUGGCUGAGGUCAUCGCUCCCACAGCAGACGGCACGGCGGUGGAGCUGGUCCGGCUGCGAAGCCUGGAGGCCAAGGCCGUGAGUGUGCGCACCCUGUCUGCGCAGGGGGAGUCCAUGGAUUCUGCCCUCGCUGCCAUCCCCCCUGACCUCCUGGUGCCUCCAGCCCCCCACCCGAGGACUGCUCCCCCACCAAAGCCAUUAGCAAGCGACCUGGAUACCAAAGACCAACACCUGGGUCCCCACGUCAAAGUGGACGAGUCCUGGGAGCAGAGUCGGCCACCCGGCCCUGCACAUGGCCACAUGUUGGAACCACCUGACAUGCAUAGCUCUGGCCCCGGCAGAAGGUCACCCUCACCCAGCCGGAUCCUCCCUCAGCCACAAGGAGCCCCCGUGUCCACCACCGUCGCCAAGGCCAUGGCCCGGGAGGCUGCCCAGAGGGUGGCCGAAAGUAGCAGGUUAGAGAAAAGGAGCCUCUUUCUGGAGCGGAGCAGUGCUGGGCAAUAUACCAACUCAGACGAGGAGGAUGGCUACGCCUCCCCUGAGGUCAAGAGGAGGGGCACCUCUGUGGAUGACUUCCUGAAAGGGUCGGAGCUGGGCAAGCAGCCGCACUGUUGCCAUGGAGAUGAUUACCACACAGAGAGCAGCCGGGGGUCAGACCUGUCGGACAUCAUGGAGGAGGAUGAGGAGGAGCUGUACUCAGAGAUGCAGCUGGAGGAUGGGGGCCGGCGCCGGCCCAGUGGUACCUCUCACAACGCCCUCAAGAUUUUAGGAAACUCUGCUUUGAUGGGGCGAGGAGACCGGAUGGAUCACGUGAGCCGAAGGUAUCCUCACGGUGGCGGAGGUCCUCAGAGGCACCGGCCGACAAUGGCUCCAUCCAUUGAUGAAUACACCGGGCGAGACCGCCUUUCCCCGGACUUCUAUGAUGAGUCAGAAACCGACCCUGGUGCUGAGGAGCUCCCGGCCCGCAUCUUUGUGGCACUGUUUGACUAUGACCCACUUACCAUGUCCCCAAACCCUGACGCUGCGGAAGAGGAGCUUCCCUUCAAAGAAGGACAGAUCAUCAAGGUAUAUGGAGACAAAGACGCAGAUGGCUUCUACCGUGGGGAGACCUGCGCCCGGCUUGGCCUCAUUCCCUGUAACAUGGUCUCCGAGAUCCACGCGGAUGACGAAGAGAUGAUGGACCAGCUGCUGAGACAAGGCUUCCUCCCUCUGAACACACCCGUGGAGAAAAUAGAGAGAAGCAGAAGAAGUGGCCGGGGUCACUCUGUGCCCACGCGAAGAAUGGUGGCACUCUACGACUAUGACCCGAGGGAAAGCUCCCCCAACGUGGACGUUGAGGCUGAACUUCCGUUUUGCACAGGAGACAUUAUUACUGUUUUUGGUGAAAUCGAUGAAGAUGGAUUUUAUUAUGGAGAGCUGAAUGGGCAGAAGGGCCUGGUGCCUUCCAACUUCCUGGAAGAAGUGCCUGAUGAUGUGGAGGUCCACCUUUCUGAUGCUCCACCCCACUACUCCCAGGAGCCACCCAUGCGCUCCAAGGCCAAAAGGAAGAAGAGUGUUCAUUUCACACCCUAAUCAGGCAUGUAGCCUUCACGUAAGUGAGCAACCGAAGACACCUUAGAGAGAUACCGACUUAAGCUACCCUAAGCGGACAGCGCGGUAGUCUUAAGACUUCAAUGUGGGCUUAAAGAAAGAGAGAGAGAAAAGAAAUAUGUCUCAAAAAAACCCAUUGGACCUAAAGUAUUAUAGGCUGUCUCACCUGUUCUCAGUUGCCCGGCAACUGGAUGCAUAGUGAAACGAAUCAUCUCGAACAAUCAUUUUUAAAUAUGUCCAUUGAGAAUACGGGAAAGGCCAACCUUGGGAACAUAUUUCUUAAAGCUGUUUGUUUACACAGAGUGCGCCAGCGUGUACUCACAGGGGACGCUGCCUGUUGCAUUGUUAGCCACCCUCAGUAAAAGCACAACAUGAUCCACGUGUUUACUGUAAGCACGUUUGAAUCAUACCAAUAGCCAAGACUUUCAAACUUUUCAUCCCAGAUCAAGCCCUGAGGGGUGGCCUUGGCUCUGGGCAUGCCAAAGCUGGCCGGAACACCCAGCUGCAGCACCUUGGCCUUAGGAGCAGGUGUUCCCUCUCCUCAAAGCACAAUUGUCCCGAGCUCAUGGAGGUGAGAGAGAGGUGUGGGCAUACCAAUGCAACACUGUCUCCCGACUCGGCAGCUCCCGCGAUUGCACUAGCUGGCCCCCCCCCCCCCCGUGGUAUCUUCAGGUGUGCUUUGGGGUGCGCCCUAGGUGUUCUCCAUUAGAGGUAGACCUUGAUUUUAAAUCCAAGCAAGCUUGGGGCCCCCUUGCCUUGUAACGGUAUGCCCGCCGCGGGCCUGGCUCUCAACUUGCCAGGUUUUGCUCUGGGGAGUUUCGAGAGCCCGAGGCCUGGCGAUCACUGGCCGUGCUCCGGUGUGCCUAGCCGCGGAAUGAGGUAAAAUUGGCACUCUCUGUCCCUGCAUCAAAUUCUACCCCUUCAGAGCACUGAUGGUUGGCUUUUUUUUUUCCCACCUGAAAGUCUCUCAAAACCUACCAUGUGCUGGGGAAAAAAACAUACACUCCUCUAUUUGGAAAUGGUAAGAGUGUCCAAGAAGGGCCUUUGAGCUUCCUUAGAUUGCAAUUAAGGUUCAUUCCAGUUUUUUUUUUCUUUCAAACAGUGUGCCAUCCCCAAAGUUUCUGUAGGAUUCUAACUGACCCAAGGGCUCACUCCACCAUGGCAGGGUCUUAGCUACCCACCUAGUUCACGAUCCAUCCAAAUUCCCAUUGAGACCUUUUGCUUUACAAUGAUUGAUGGGUACGCGGCCACCUUGCCUACCCAUCUGAUUGACAAUACCUUCCCCUGCUUCUAGUCUGAAUUUUCAGAGUAAAUUAUGGCCUGGCUCUCUUUGCCAAAGCGAUGGCCACCCCGUCUCCCAAGACAAAGACCGCGAAAGCCCAUCGAGGCCAGCCUCUCUCUCAGAGGGGCCUUGGGAGCGGGCGUGUGCUUCUCAUGGCAUACUUUAAAAAUUGAAAGAAGAAACCACCCACCCACCCUUUCCCCUGGCUGGCGGGAGAUGGGGCAGUACGCGUUACCGAGUGAAUUGUUGUUGGUGCUGACGCACUCAAACUGUCGCAAUGUACCUACUAGGUUCCUCCCGAGGGUUCAGGGACAGCAAGGAGAGCUCCAUCCCCCACAGCCCAUCUCCAUUCGGGGUCACCUACGUCAUCUAUGGGUUCUGGUAGUCCUGGGAGAGGCAGGGAAAUGUCCUCGAAAAAGAAAAAAGGGCUGCUCUCCAGAGGCAAGAAACUGCUGAAAAGGCUGGGUGCGGUGAAGUGACCUGGGAGCCUUCGGACAGUUCCAAAUCCAUGUCACUUGCUUUAAUUCCAAACUAGGGCUUUCAUGACUCCCAAAACCCAACCUUGACCCUCGUCCCGCUCAGCAGUAGAGAGAUGCGCUCUUACACUACCAUCCACAUAAUACUAUUGGAGAGAUCAGGGAGGGCUGCUUUGUGGUCCCCUCCUCCUCCACUCCCAAAGUUCUAUCCAAAGCCUGGGGUGGGAGGUGGGAGGGGCAGCUGGCUGAGCAGCAGGGAGGGAGGGCUCUCUGCAGCGCCCCCUACCUGCAGUUCCAGCCUGCACACACUUGACAUCAGCCCUUACAGGAUUUCUGACCUUCCCCCCCCCCCCCCACUUCUCAAGAUGCUUGCCUCAUCAUGCAUUACUGUCAUUUCCACUCUGGUCUUGAAAUUCCUAGUUUAAUUCGCCUUGAUGUUUUGCCUUAUAACUGCACAGUGGUUUGUACUGUCGAAUAAAAACACCGUGUAUACUUCUCAUGUGUUGUGCAUUCCUGGGCUUCAUCCUCCCUGACACAGUGGCUUCACAUCACAGUGGCCCAGGCCCUACAUUUUCUGAUGCCUGCCUUGGUCUUUCAAAGCCAGCCAGCAAACAUACAGGAGAUGUUUACUUAUCCACCCCCACACACACACAAGAGCAAAGGAGAGGGAGAGACCGGCAGCAUGCACGUCCCUCUGGCCAGCCAGGGAGCUGCUAAACGACCUUUGCGUUCAGUGUCCCAUCCCGUGGCUUUUAGAUUUCUGUUACUUUCAGUAUUUAUUCAAACGCCUUGCCCCGAUACACCACCAACAGCACACCCAGCAAAGCCACCGUAUGUUUCAUUAGCCAGAUCAGAAGGAGCCUACACUGAAAUCUCGCAGCCCCGGCCCCACACUCAUCUUUAACAUUAGCCUUGAACAGCAGACCUCCCGACAGACAUGCUGGCAGAGGUGUGUGUCGGUCACUACUUUGUAAUUCCUGUCCACUGUAAACUGUUUCUACUCUUUAUACACACUUUUCAGACUGCCUUUCUUUUGUAAUUUCUGGAAGGUUUAUAAAUGAACGACAACGCUUCCCCCAUUGUGUCUUCAAAAACUAUAUUGUAAAUUGUAAAAUAAUUGUAUGUGGUAGACUGAUUAAAAGGCUGUUCCUCAGUGUGUGAAGUGCUGUGUGGAUGUGUGCAUGUGUACAGUUAGGGUGACUUAUUUUCUAGAAAUAAACUUUGUUAUUUUGUACAAUG